CCCCCUCACUUUCUCCUCCUCCGCCCACAAUGGCCGCCGUAAAAAAAAAGCUUCUCCUCAAUACCAUCUCCGUCGACAUUGGCUGCAGCAGUUGCCGAAAGCCUAAGUCCAUCCUCUCACAGAUCUUCCGUUCCAAGCCCAAGUCCCGAGCCCCCAACUCCGACCGUCGCCUCUUUCGGUCGCCAUCGAGCUUGUCGGAGAAGAAGCUGAGCGACGUAGAUAUGGGCUACAGCCCUGAGAUAGUCGGAGGCGGGUUCUGGAAGAUCGGUAGCGCCAGCGUGGCGGUGGAGAAGGAUUCUAACAUUCCGUAUAUGGAUUUCCGACAUUCGAUGCUACAAAUGAUUUUGGAGAACGAAAUUUACAGUCAGGAAGGUCUUCGAGAGCUUCUUAGCUGUUUUCUUCAUCUCAAUUCCCCUUGCAACCAUGGGAUUAUAAUUCGAGCUUUUGCCGAGAUCUGGGAUGGUGUAUUCUCUGCCAGAGCAGCAGCGCCCACGGCGGCGCCUGCUAAACAAAGACGCCCUGUCCGCUCACGCGCCUUCUAACCCACGCCUCAUCAUCAUGUUUUCUCAUUGGUCGAUCAGUUUAGUUUUUUUCUUUUUUUCUUUUUUUGUUGGGUUAAUUUUCAGAAAAUCGGUUCAUUUUUGGGAUGUUGACGGAGUAGGCGGGAAGAUGUAACUAUUGCCUUUUUGUCUUUUUAAU